AUGGACCGACGCUCCAGGAUGAAAGAAGCCAUGGCGGAAGGCCUUAAAGAAGCCAGAGCGUGGGUCCAGAACCGGCCAGAAGUCAUAAAAGCAGGCUGCCUCGCCUUAGCUCUCUCGCUCUUAUUCAUAAUAUACGCUCCGGCGUUCUUCUUCGGGUUGCUCGUCGGUGCCUCCUCCGUGAUCGGCGGCGAGGUCCUUCUCCUGAAGCAUCUCUGGAGAAAGAUUCGUCCUCCGAAGAAGGAAGGUUCGGAAGCGGGGAAUGCGCCUGCGCCGGAUCCUAGCGUGGCGUGGGUCUCCCUCAGGCCAUGCGAGGCGGACGAGGGCAAGACGGGUUCAGGCAAGCUGCGCAAGAACGUGAAGCUGUUCGCGCCGCUGCUGCGCCUCGCGAGUCUGGAGGUGGAGGAGCGGGUGCUGGCGCUGGCGGGCAGCAGCCAGGGCGAGUCAGAAACAAUCUUGCUGGAUGGGUGCGACGUUAAGAGCUUCUCAGAGACCAGCGGGCCGGAGAAACGCUGGGCUCGCAAGUUCCCCAUUCGCAUCAGCCACCCGUCCCGCGUUCUCUUUCAAAACGCCAGGGAGUUUUUCAUCUACUUCCCCAAUGGCCGUGUGAAGCAAGCUUGGUGCCGAGCCUUGCGUGCCGCAGCCUUCCCCGAAUCAGAAGACACCCUCUGGCAGGUUCAAGUCUCCCAAGCCUACGCUGUCUACCUCGGGAAGAUCCGAGCCUCGCGCCCGGACCUCUGGUUGAAUGUGGAGGCUACGGAACUGGAGGGUGGGGGGGAGGAUGCGCGGGGGGAGGGGGAGGGCGGUGGGAAGACUGGGCGGUGGGGGGAGGGGAGGAUGGGGCAGAGGAAGUGGCUGAGAAAGAUACGGACAAAGCAGGGAGGGGGAAUCGGGGCCAGGAGCGGCAGUGGAGGUGUAGGCGCGUGGGGGGGAGGAGGAGGCGGGGCAGGGGCAGGAGCAGGGGGAGGGGGGGGAGCAGGGACGUCCCUAUCUACAGAGUCAGAUGCGGCUACUCCCGCAGGCGGUGGCUUUGGUGGAGCAAGCAGCAUCGGGGGCAGCAACAGCAUUGGUAGCAGCGGUGGCGGCGUUGCUGCUGCUGCUGCGGCGGCGGCGGCGGCUACUGCUUCGACUGCCGCUAGUGGUGCGGGAGGGGGAUGGGAGGACGGUCCUGGAGGGGAGGAGAGUUCUCUGUGGGCCUUCAAGCGCAGCCACACGGAUACAUCUGUGCGUCACCGACCGAGAAUCCUCAACAGUGAAGGGAACACCACUGAUACCACCUUGACCUCUGCCUCCUCUGAAAUCAACUCCUGUGGGAUCAUUCACUCUGUGGCUGGAUCGUCUGGGGUGAACCAAACGGGAACUAACUUGUCCGGAUUUAACCUGCCCGGAUUCAACCUGUCGGGAGUCAAUUUGACUGGGGUCAACUUGAGUGGAGUCAACUUGACGGCAGUCAACUCGUCUGGAGUGAGGAAGAGGGGGCAUGGGGAGCGAUCACAGCUGGAAGGAGUGGCAGAGGGGGCUGCAGAGGCUGCAGCAGCCGUCGCAGCUAUUGAAAUGGCCCACAGGGCAACCAUGCACCAUGGCGCGUAUCGGCAGGUGGACGGGCAGGUGGGCGAGUUUAGUGGCAUUGGCAUUGCGUCAGGUCCUAAUGGUAGACCGUACCCUAGUGACCUGAGUGUCAUACUUUCUGGCGAGCCCACUUGCCCUCCCGCUGCUCCUCUUGGCAGCGCUGCUGCUUCAGAUGACGCUGUUGCCACUGAUGCUACCUCUGCGGCUGCCGCUGCAGCUGCGGGUGCGGCUGCUGGUGCAGGUGCUACUGGUGGUGCAAGUGGUCCUGGUAAUCCUGGUGAGAGUGGUGGUGGUGGUGGCGGUGGUGGUGGGGGUGUGGGUGGAAGCGGCAGUGGGGAGCCAGAGGGGGCGGUGCAGUGGGCGAAUGCGCUGCUGUGCAGACUCUACUUUGACCUUUCUCAGGAGGACGCGCUCAGCAAGAAGCUCCAGGCCAAGUUCUCGGAGAAGCUAUCGCUAGUCAUAACGCCAUCCAUCAUGGGUCCCAUCUCCUGCACCAAGCUGUCUGUCCUGCAUCUCAGAGCCUCAUAUUCACCAUGUCCCCCUCCCCCGUGUCUCCAGGAGAAGCUGUCACUAGUCAUCACACCGUCCAUCAUGGGUCCCAUCUCCUGCACCAAGCUGUCGCUCGGCCCCAUCCCUCCUCUCAUUCGCUCCAUGCGCACAGUCAACCUCGCCAUGCCAGGGGGCGACCUUGCACUGGAUGUCGAUCUGGAGUUCAAGGGAGCAGCUGCUAUGAACCCGUCUUUCAUGUGCCUCAUGCCGUUUUCCCUCGUUCCUUUGUUUCCCACCCUUGCAUCUCUCGUCCCCUCCCUACCAGGGGGCGACCUUGCACUGGAUGUGGAUCUGGAGUUCAAGGGAGCAGCCACCAUGACGAUAGAGACCAGCAUUGACAUGCGAGAAACGCAGUUCCUCAAAAUGUGGGAAGAGCGAGACCUUUCCCGGGCAGAAAAAGAGUCUGAGAGGAGGGCGGAGUAUUCUGGGCAGGUGGAAAACACACCGUUGACUGCAGGCUCGGAACCGGCCCUUUCUGACGGUUCGGCAGCUGCCGGGGGAGGCUCGGAUGGAGUAAGCUCGGCCGGACCUGGAGCCGGACCUGAGCGGCUGGUUCGGCGAGGAUCGGGCAUGGGAGAGGCACUGAUGAGUGAGGAGACUGCUGCUGCUCUGGUGGGGGAUAUGGAGGUGGCUGAAGAUGUGACUGUAGAGGGCGCUGCUACAGCCCCUGCUACUACCCUGGCCAAGAGCACGCCGACCAAGGGAGGCAGGAAGAGGAAUAUCAUUCGAGGGGUGCGGGGCAUGGUCAGCAACAUGGCCAACAGCCUCUCACAGGUUCCCCUCACUCUUUCCUUCAAUAUCACAUCUGUUAAAGGAACUCUGCGCAUCCGGGUACCCGCCCCGCCCUCCGACCGCCUCUGGAUGUCGUUCGUUGAGAUGCCCGAGAUCGAGAUGCAAUCCAUGCCGUCCAUUGGCGACCUCAAGCUCAAGCGCUACCCCAUGGCCACUCUCCUGAUUGAGAAGCUCAAGGCACUGAUCAAGCGUUCUCUGGUGCAACGCAGCUGUGUGGACGCCAAGCUCCCCUUCAUGCUCUCCCACCCCCACGACUGCUGUGUGGACGCCAAGCUCCCCUUCAUGCUCUCCCACCCCCACGACUG